AUGAAGAAUAAUAUUUCAAAGAGAAGUGGUGUAAGAAAGUAUCAUAAAUCAGAACAGCCACGCCUUCGAUGGACUCCGGAACUUCAUCAAUACUUUGUUCAAACUGUUGAAAGUCUUGGUGGAAAACACAAGGCAAGUCCAAAACACAUUUUGAAUAUCAUGCAAGUGAAGGGACUCAGAAUCUCUCACAUUAAAAGUCAUCUUCAGAUGUACAGGAACGUGAAGAGAGAGAUCAUACUUGAAGAAAAUUCACAAUUCAAUCAUUGCUCCACUUCUUCACCCCAAAGAUCAAAGGAUAUCAUUGAAGAGUUUCAUCCUUUAUAUAAUAGAGGACUUUCACAAACAAGUGAAACUGGUCGUUAUGAUCUAAAUCAGGAGCCCGAGUCAAGUGUAUGCUUAUUUCAUAGUGAUAUGUCUAAUGAAGAAGGAAAUUGUAUGAGUACCAAAUAUCUAAAUCUCCCAUUCCCUUUCAGUUCUCUGUUAAUUCCAGUGGUGCACAGUGAUCAAGGAAGAACCGAAUUUUCUUCAACAAAUACAACAAAUAAACACGUAGUAGAUUCUAAUUCUAUGAAAUCUAGCGAUCAUAUAAACUUAGACCUAUCAAUUUGA